UCGGCGCGGCGGCGGCUGCAGGAGACGCGGAGCCAAGCAAGCCACGAGCGCAGCGGAGGAAGCAGGAAAGCGCGGCCGCGUCUCUGCUGGGCUUUCGGGUGACAGUGAGGCAGCCCGGCUGAGGGGGAGGUUGGCCGCGGGCGAAGCAUCCCCGGAGAGCCUGGUCUCUCGCCAUGCCCUCUGGCCAGCCGUAGAGGCCAGCCCUGAAGGGGGGCCGUCCUGACCGCCCAAAGGAGCGCCGCGCCUCGCUUAGCGUCAGUGCGAGGGGAAAACAGAGUCCGAAGAGCCAGAGGCGGGAGCCCGAGACGAAGGACCCUCGCCGAGGGACUCUUCUGACGGGACCCCCGCCCCCCGUUCACCCACCAGGGAAGCGGCUCGCAGAGAUUCGAGGCGCCCCUUUCAACUCCCCAGAGCGGGGCAGCGGUGUGGCGAGAGAGGCGUCUCCUGCCUGGCUGCUAGGAAAUCAGUGAGCGGCUGCGGAGGACGUCCACUCCCCUACCGGCCCGUAUCCUGCGCGUCUCUCCGGACUUGGGGAAGGAACCCCGGAAGGCGAAGCGCUGUUAGGGACUCUGCGGGGUUCAGCUCGCCCUUGAAAAGCCGUCGGGGGCCAGAUUGGGAAGCGCCCGUCAAAUUCCAGGGCGCUCCAAGUCAAGGGGUCCAGUGAGGCCAGGCAGUGAGACCGACGAAGGUGAGGACGGCAAGGGGGUCGCCAGAAGCCCCUCCAUCGCCUGAGGAUCGGGCGAAAGGCUCAGCCGGAGACUCGCCCGACCAAGCCCGGGCUUGCCCCUGGCAGCUGAGCGUAAACGGGGAAGGUUUCCCCUCGGAAGCCGGCAGCUCCCCCCGCCACCCCCGGGCAAGAUGAAAGCGGCUGGCCUGCCCUCGUUGCUUCUGAACACCCUGCUCAUCUUUGCAGCGCAGCCCUGGGAGGCGGCUAGCUCCCCGCCGGGCACUUCCCGAUCCGGCUUCCAGCCGCAGCGGGACGCCCCAAGCUUCUCCCGGUUGCAGAGGAAGAGUCUGUCGGUCGACUUCAUCGUGCCGUCGCUGUUCCGGACCUACGUGCGGGAGCUGGUGCUCGGCGGCGGCGGCGCCCUGGGCUGGUUCCAGGCGGGCUGCCACCUGGUGCUCGACUGCCCGCCCCUGCUGCGCGCAGCCCGAGCCUGGCAUCCCCGGACCGGGGCGGCGGAGCCGGCGGGCCGAGCCCGGGCGCCGUCCAAGGUGCUGAAAGGGGGCUCCGUGCGCAAGCUGCGUCGCGCCAAGCAGAUGGUGCUGGAGGUGGGAGAAGCCAGCCUGAGGGAAGGCUGCGCCUGGGAUCCUGCCGGGGAAGGAGCCGAGGCGCCGGCGGGCCAGCUCGACUUCAACCUCACCGAGCUCUUCAGCUGGUGGAUCCGCUCUGGGGAAGGCAGGCUGAGGAUCCGGCUGAUGCCCGAAAGAAAGGCGUCUUUCCUGGGCAGAGAAGGCAGCCUGUCCGCCGCGAUCAGAGCCUCCAAGCCCCGUCUGUCUUUCCAGAUGGCCACCAGAGGUCUGAGCAUUCUGGAAUCUCCAACAAAUAUUCCUCCACUUACUUUGGACUUUCCUGCUUGGAAUUUAUCUUGGAUCAUGAAAGAUUCCACUCCAUUCAUUCCCAGAGGACGGCACUUUUUCAACUGCAAUUUUGAAUUGCCUUGUGAUCUAGAAUAUUCCCCACCGUUGAGAGAGGGCCAUAACUGGUCCUGGCACAGAGUGAGGGCAGAUGAGCUCUCACAGCUCCAUCUUUCAAAUGUUCCAGAGAGAGAUUAUUCAGAAGAGUCGACAGAAGGUUCAUUCCUGUACUUUCGUACAUCAGAAAGCAUGAACUACCUCAUUUUGAGCCCUUGGCUGAGAAGCAAUAGUGAAGAAUGCACUGUUCAAGUAGCAGUCUACAGAUAUCCCGAACAAAGUGGAGUGUACAUUGCUCAGGUCCUGCAGGUCAAUGAAAGUGGCAUAAAAAUCCCAUUGACUCCGAGCAGAGAAAAACACGGAUGGGUGCUUCUCCAGGAAAGAAUUGGACACCUUGAAAAACCAUUUCGGAUCUCCUUGGAAUAUAUUGCUGGAGGGAACCAAAGUGUAGCUGCCAUUGAUUCGUUUGCUAUAAAGAACUGCAGCGCAGGCAUUCUUACAGCCCCCAAAAUGGCACUACAGAGUUCUUUCUGCUGCCGAAAUGGAACAGUGAUCAAGCUGAGACAGGUGUGUGACUUCAUCAGGGACUGCGAAGAAGGAGAAGAUGAGGGACAGCUGUGCAAAAAACUUCCCACUGGUUUCUACUGUUCCUUUGAAGAUGGAGACUGUGGGUGGACUCAGAGUUCAUCAGCCACCCAAGAUGCACAUCUGUGGCGGAUUGGAAAUCUACAGCAUAAUCACAUCUGUUUUCUGAAAGAAUGUGCUCUUUUGCUUAACACCAGUGAAAGCUCAGCUGCAGAAAUGGUUGUGGUAGCAAGCGCUGUGUUUCCAUCACCAAUGAAAAAUUCUCCCUGUGAGCUUCGAAUAUCAUGGCUCAUCGAUGGUGUCUUGCUUGGGGAUGUUUCUCUGGUCCUUUUUGAGAACAAGACUGGAAAGGAGCAGAGCAGAAGGCUCUGGCACUUUGAUAACAGAAAAGGAAUGGGGCUCUGGCAGAAGAUGGUCAGGCCUCUUACUGACGUGUCGGACAGGUUUUGGCUUCAGAUUGUAACUUCCUGGAAAGCUGGAUCAGAAGCCAUCAUUGCUUUUGAUAAUGUCUCUCUCAGCCUGGACUGUUACUUAACAAUUAAUGAAGAGAGGACACAUCGAGAGAAAAGCCCAGAUGUAGGCAACCUGUCGAUUGAAAGGCGUAGUCACGAAAGGGAAGUUGAGAGUCUGGGAAGCCCAAAGCACAUUUACAAUGGCACAGUUGACCUAGCAGUUCAUUGGCUGUUUACCACUUGCGGUGCCAGUGGACCUGAAGGGCCGGUCCAGACUCAAUGCAAUGAUGCCUACAGGAAUUCCAACCUCAGUGUAGUAGUAGGGACAGAGGAAAAUUUUCCAGGUGUUCAGAUUUGGAGAGUACCUGAAACCAAUACUUACAGCAUCUCAGUGUAUGGAGCAGCUGGUGGCAAAGGGAAAAACACCAUUAUGAGAUCACAUGGUGCUUAUGUGGUGGGGAUUUUUAAACUCCAGAAGAAUGAUGCCUUGCAUAUUUUGGUGGGACAGCAGGGAGAAGAUGCUUGUCCUAGUGCCAGCCAUGUCAUACGGAAAGUCUGCAUUGGAGAGAGUAAUGUCGUUGAAGAGGAAAUUAAAGCAAAUAAGACCAUCCAUGAAUGGGCAGGAGGAGGCGGAGGUGGUGGAGGAGCAACUUAUGUAUUUAAGGUGGAGAAUGGAAAGCCGGUGCCCUUGAUCAUUGCAGCAGGAGGUGGUGGCAGGGCCUACAGGGCAAAAGAGUUAACAUUUCUCCCAGAAAGGUUGGAGAAUGAUACAACAGUCCCAGGAAUCAGUGGAAGACCAGGAGCAGCAGCAUCAGAAGUCAAGAUCAUGUCUGAUGUGCAAAUGAUAUUACAGUACAAAUAUAAACAGGUGGUGGCGGUGGCUGGAAUGAUAACACUUCCUUCCUCUGGUCGGGAAAGUCCUUGCUGGAAGGCGCUACCGGUGGAAAAUCCUGCCCCCAGGCCACGAAGAAGUGGGGGUGGUAAUGCAGCAGAACAUAAUGAUCCAGAGAUGGAUGGAGAGGAUGGUGUGUCUUUUAUUAAUAGCAAAUAUGGCUCAUUGUAUACCCCAGCAUUAAAAGUGACAGAAGGACAUGGGGAAGUCGAAAUCAAGCUGCAUUUGAAUUGUAGCCACUGUUAUAAUGACAUCUGCCAUGUGGAUUUGAAGACCCAGGAAAUCAUUUGCAGUUGUGCUCAUGGGUAUAUGUUGGCAGAUGAUGGCGACUCUUGCAUUGUUGAACCCAUACUGCCUAAGAAUGGUCCCCCUCUCUCCUUGGUCUUAUCAGUAGUAACAUCUGCCUUGGUUGCUGCACUCAUUCUCGCUUUCUCGGGGAUCAUGAUAGUGUACCGCCGGAAACAUCAGGAACUGCAAGCCAUGCAAAUGGAGUUACAGAGUCCUGAAUACAAACUGAGCAAGCUGCGCACCUCCACCAUUAUGACUGACUACAACCCCAAUUAUUGCUUUGCAGGAAAGACCACUUCUAUUAGUGACCUCAAAGAGGUUCCUCGGAAAAAUAUUUCUCUGAUAAGAGGAUUGGGCCAUGGAGCCUUCGGGGAGGUGUAUGAAGGUCAAGUGGUUGGGAUCCCCAGCGACCCCAAUCCUUUGCAAGUAGCUGUCAAAACUUUGCCAGAGGUUUGUUCGGAGCAAGAUGAGUUGGAUUUCCUCAUGGAAGCUCUUAUAAUCAGCAAGUUCAACCAUCAAAAUAUUGUGCGCUGCAUUGGGGUCAGCCUGCAAGCAUUACCACGCUUCAUUCUACUGGAGCUCAUGGCUGGAGGAGAUCUGAAAUCUUUUCUGAGAGAAACACGACCUAGACCGAGCCAUCCCUCCUCCCUGAUCAUGUUGGACUUGCUUCAUGUGGCUCGUGACAUUGCUUGUGGAUGUCAGUAUUUGGAAGAAAAUCACUUCAUCCACAGAGACAUUGCUGCUCGAAAUUGUCUUCUCACCUGUAAAGGACCUGGGAGAAUAGCAAAGAUUGGAGAUUUUGGGAUGGCACGGGAUAUAUAUAGGGCCAGCUACUAUAGAAAAGGAGGUUGUGCAAUGCUACCGGUCAAGUGGAUGCCCCCUGAAGCUUUCAUGGAAGGGAUAUUCACAUCUAAAACAGACACCUGGUCAUUUGGAGUGUUGCUGUGGGAAAUAUUCUCUCUCGGAUACAUGCCCUAUCCCAGCAAAAGUAACCAGGAGGUCCUGGAGUUCGUAACAAGUGGAGGAAGGAUGGAUCCACCCAAAAACUGCCCAGGCCCUGUGUAUCGGAUAAUGACUCAGUGCUGGCAGCACCAGCCUGAAGACAGACCAAACUUUGCUACAAUACUGGAAAGGAUAGAAUAUUGCACCCAGGAUCCUGACGUAAUCAACACUAUUUUGCCCGUGGAAUAUGGCCCAUGCAUUGAAGAAGAGGAAAAGGUCCCAGUGCGCCCUGAAGACCCUGAAGCCGUUCCUCCUCUGCUUGUCUUGCCUCAGCAAGACAAAAAGAGUGCCGAACAACACUUGCCUUCCCCACCCUCUCUGGCUUUGGCCAUUCCUGCAGGAAAACCACAAGUGAAAAUGAUCAAAGCAGAGCCAGCCGUCCAUGCUAAUACACAAGGAGUCCUGGAAGGGGGACAUGUCAAUAUGGCAUACACUCAGUCCAAUCCUUCAACUGAGCUACACAAAGGGCGGGGGUCCAGAAACAAGCCCACCAAUCUCUGGAACCCAACAUAUGGCUCCUGGUUUUCAGAGAAGCCAGUUGUUAGAAACAAUUCACAGGCAGAAAAAGAGGCAACUGAGAGGGAAGGUUCUGGUCAUGAAGGGAACUGUACUUUGGGGCCCAGCAUUGUGACUGGAAGGCUGCCAAGCUCCUCCCUUCUUCUAGAACCAUCUUCACUGACAGCCACUGUUAAGGAAGUGCCUCUAUUCAGGCUGCGUCAUUUCCCCUGUGGAAACGUUAACUACGGAUACCAACAACAGGGCUUGCCCUUGGAAAUCUCAGCCCCACCUUGUGCCAGCAGUUACGAAGACCCUGCCAUACGGAACAAGAUCCACAUAACUCACCAAGGGCCUUGAAAGCUUCCUGUCCUCUGGAUGCUCUUCCCAUGUGACUUGUGAGCCUUGGAGCAAACUUCAGUGUCACUAGUCCACAAGAAAAGAACAAGGUUCCCUUCCAUGAUGUGCCAAUUUGCUCUGAAACACCACCUUUUGAAGCUGGGUUUUCAAACAUACCAAGAGGCUUCAGUUGGUCAGAGCUCCUUCCUACAUGGAACAAACUAGAAUAGCAUUCAGUAUUCUCAACAAGGCCCAGCUCACAACUGCAUAAAGUCAUCUGCAUGCUUGUUCGCUAUACCCUUCCCUAUGUGGAGCUUCCUCCUGGAUGUUCAUGCACUAUUUCAAAGGGUGUUUUUUUUUUUAAGGUUUUGGAUUUUCUAUACUGCCCAGUGUAAUUCUUGGGGAUCCUUCCUGAUGCCAGAACUUUGCAGAGAGGGUGGGGAAAUAAGCUGGAUUCAUGCCAAAAACAAAUUGGAUAACGGGGCCUCCCAGUCCACGCAUUACCCAGACAGCAUUGCAAUUACAGCAUGGCCGUUCCUCAGGCAUGCAAAGCCAUGUAGCAGAACCGUAUCAGCCACGCUUGUUUAGUCCCUGAAAUGGAAAUUGCAGAACAUUAAGGAGCACAGUCAAUGAAAUGGCGACAUUUUAUGGUUGAGGUGUGGAGGCAGAAAGUCAAAUCCUCCCCUGCUUUAUCAUUUCUUUUGAGGGAAAGUCAUUACAAGGGCUGGGACACUCAAGCCAUUGAAACUGAUACUUAUUCCUCAGUAGGUAUUUAUGAUACCAGAUUUUGGAGAAUGAAGUCAGGAAGUUGCUUGACUACAUACAGAUUAAUAAUAUGGAAGGCAGAGUUUUUGCAUACAUGGAAGCAGUCUUAUGAUUGUGUUGCUGACAGCCCACAUCCCUCUUUCCAGUGCACUGGGAUAUUACUAUUUACUUUCACCAGAGUUUGUGACAUAGAAGUUAACAUAAAGUUUUUUUGAAGAUGAUGGAUUUUGAGGAGAGCAAUUACAGAGAACCAGCACUGGCCAGUUCCCAAAGGCGAUGCUAUGGCCUGAUUCAUACAG